GGCCGGGGCUGCAGAGGCGCCUGGCGCACGGCGCGAGCGGAGUCGCGGUGCUCGCCCAGGUCGCGCCAGGGGGUCGCGCGGGCGGGAGGGCGGGCUGCCGCCGCUUCGGUCGCCAUGUGCGCGCAGGUCUGGCUGCUGACCGACCGGCUCAUCCGCGAGGACUACCCGCAGGUGCAGAUCCUGCGCGCGCUCCGACAGCGCUGCUCCGAGCAGGACGUGCGCUUCCGGGCUGUGUUCUUGGACCAGAUCGCCGUCACUGUGGUCGGCGGCCACUUAGGCCUGCAGCUAAGCCAGAAACCCCUGACCACCUUUCCCGAUGUGGUGGUUGUACGAUUGUCCACGCCCUCCGUCCAGUCAGAUAGCGAAAUCACCAUCCUGAGGCACCUGGAGAAGCUGGGCUGUCGCUUGGUCAAUCGUCCUCAGAGCAUCUUAAACUGCAUCAACAAGUUUUGGACAUUCCAAGAGCUGGCUGGACAUGGGGUCCCCAUGCCAGACACCUUCUCCUAUGGUGGGCAUGAAGACUUUUCUAAAAUGAUCGAUGAAGCAGAGCCCCUGGGCUACCCAGUGGUGGUGAAGAGCACACGGGGACACCGAGGAAAAGCUGUUUUUCUGGCUAGAGACAAGCAUCACCUCUCAGACAUCUGCCACCUGGUCCGCCAUGAUGUGCCCUACCUGUUCCAGAAGUAUGUGAAGGAGUCACAUGGGAAGGACAUCCGGGUGGUGGUGGUGGGCGGCCAGGUGAUUGGCUCCAUGCUGCGCUGCUCCACGGAUGGCCGCAUGCAGAGCAACUGCUUUCUAGGUGGUGUGGGUGUCAAGUGCCCACUGACAGAGCAAGGCAAGCAGCUGGCUAUCCAGGUAUCCAACAUCCUGGGCAUGGAUUUCUGUGGUAUUGACCUUCUCAUUAUGGAUGAUGGCUCCUUCACGGUGUGUGAGGCAAACGCCAAUGUCGGCUUCCUAGCCUUCGACCAGGCAUGCGGCUUAGAUGUGGGGGCCAUUAUUGCAGACUAUGCCAUGUCCUUGCUGCCAAACAGGCAGACUGGGAAGAUGGCCAUCCUUCCGGGGCUGUCAAGUCCCAGGGAAAAGAGUGAGCCAAAUGGUUGUGCUUCAGCUCAGGGAGUUGAGAAUGUCUAUACCAUCAACAAUGGUUCUACCUCUAGUGAGAGUGAAGCUGAACUGGGAGAGGUCCAGGAUUCCUCAGCAAAAACGAUUGGGGUCCCACCCCCCCAUGUUGCCCGAACCUGGUUACAACAUUAACAGGAUUGCUUCAGAACUCCAGUGAAUUCCUGCUUUUUUGGCAGCAUAUAAACCAAAUCCUACUGCUUCCCUGAGUAGUGUCCAGUGAGUAAGAUCUGGGCUAAUUUGAUUUCAUUUGCACAGAAACUAAAAAAUCCCAUCCGGGCACUCAGCAUUAUUUCUAACAGUGGUUUGAACAAAUAGCCUAGCUUUGUGGUUUUUCUGAAGACUCAUAUAAAAAGCACUCACCACGAACAACAUCCCAAAUGAUCUAUUUGAGACCACCGUCUACUUCGAGCACUUGGAUGCAAUGGUAGGCUUUAAGGUUCUGACUCUAUGCUGCUGUCCCUGGCUGUUAGCAGCAGGAAACAUGAGCUUGUCUCCUGGAAACACUUUUCUCACGUGUAGCCAGGAGAUGGAGCAUGUACAGGCAGGUGGGAUGCUCAGAGAACCUAAGGAUGUCUCCCCUCCCCCCACUCCCUCUCGGCCACCAUCUUACCAUAGUCCUCCAACACUCAGGAGCUUCCUCUAGCCAUCUCACUGAAGCACUUUGUAAAAAGUAAGAUGGAAUGUUCUUUGACCUCAUUGGUGUGGCAUAUGUCCUGCUUUGUAACAGGGCAUUUCUACAGAAUGCUUUGUCGCUCAGAAUCCAUACCCCUGUUUCACCUAAUGCCAGCUCUAGCAGCUUCACGCACCUUUGCUGCCUUUGACCUCAACUGGAAAUGCAUCUGGAUGAGCUAUGGCCACACACUUUGUUUCUUGUGCACUAGAACCCAACACUAUGGAUUUUUCUCCUCAAUGGACUCUACUCCCUUGUCAUCUGGAAACCAGUGGGUUUUUUACCACAGAAAGUUACUGGACAGUGACUGUUCCUCCCCUCUGCUUCUGGAUGUUCUACUCCUACCCAGGCUCCAGGAACCUGCCCUUAGCCAUUUUUCCAAAUUGGGGGGACUCGGGCAUUAGUGGAGGGGUGAGCGGGGCUAUUGUAGGCAUGAUACCAAGUGCUUCUCACUUUAGCUCCUCAAGCAGUAGAUGAGAUCUUUCCCUUGGGAGGAAUUGUAGAGAUGGAGUUUUGUGUUUUUGCUUACAGGAAGUCUAACUGAAAAUAAGCAAUGACCAAAUACAUCUGAACAAAUGCAUCCUGGAGUUACCUCUUUGCAGUUACCUGGGAGACCAUCCUCUUGGGCUAUUUUAUUGCAGGUGCCAAGAUCAUUGAGGAUUCCUCUUUGGGAUUACCUCAGAAGCCAUCAAAGGAAAGAGGCCUCAGCUUUAUCAAGAGGCCCUGUUUCGUUUCCUUUACCCUCUCCCACUCCUGGUACCUGCCAAGGCAGGGCCAAGCUCCACCGCCCAUUGUAUUUGCCAGAUCAAAUACUCUUUGGCUAUUAAAAAUUAUAGACCUAGCCAUAAGAACAAAGAUUUGCCCACUCUGAGGAAACAUGUAAGUUGACAAUUUCCAAAGAGGGUUCUAGAAAUGCGGGUUGGAUCUGCUACACUGACGUAAGCAACACUUUCCUUAAAGUGUCUACUUUGAAGGCAAUACCACCCGAGAGUAAGCGCAGGCACACAAUCCCUGUAUUCACUCUACCGUAAGGGUAGUGUGUAUCAAGUCAAAACUGUAACAUGUUUUCACAACACCUUUCAAUAGAAAUUGGCCUUUCAAAUAUUGUAGUGAAAACCAGAUUUCACCAAGCAACAGUUGUAAAAUGUUGAAGAGCGUUGGUGCCACAUUAUAGAGAUGUCACACCUGACAGCUGUAGUUUCUGUGCAGUGUCACCCCGGGGUACAUGCCACUGACCUGAAGCCCGAGGAAUGUGUCUGUACAGCUGAGGAAGGACAACAUGUGCCCUUGUAGACUAAGACCUGUAUCUUCUUACCACUCCGAGUGGCUCUAGAAGAAGGCCAGUUAGGUUCCGUUCCUGCUGGAAGUGGUCAGAUGCAAGCCCGCUGUUGGCCGACCGGAAGCUACACUCACGCUUGUCCACUGUUUAGUGCAAGCCUCUUCUCGCUGAUCCGAGUCCACUGAGGCCCAGGCAGAGCUGCUCAGAGUGUUCCCAGAUUCCUUUGCCAAAGGAGGCCCAUUUCCCAGCUGGCAGAGAUGUCUGUCGUGGGUGUUAUUGUCCAAAACUAAUCCUGCCUACAGACAGAGAGAGCUGACUCUCAUCUGGAUCCUAGCCCUGCUCUGGGAUUUCCAUCCCACAGCUGGCCAAGGGCAAUUACUUGAGUCUCAGCUCCGUGGCCCAGCCAUACUUGCCACAGCUGCCUACACUUGCUGGAAAGAGCAUGGGGAAGCAGAGCCAGAGUCUGGUCCUGGCUCUCCCAACACGGCUGACCACCUGAGCUCUGCAUUUCCAUAUUUCCUCUCUGUAGACAGGGGAAUUGGCCUAUUUUAUUUACCUUUUGGUGCACUCUGAGGCUGAAGUGAGUUCAUAAGCACAGCUAUGCAUUUGUGGGAGGUGGUGACAGACACCUCGUACACGCUGGUUUGUGUUUCUCAUCGCUCCUCUGAGAGAGUUAAAAUUAAAAAAAAGGAAGAGUCUGUGAAUUCUUGGCAUUAGCAAGCUCAGCGGUAGUAACGGCCCAGAAGAAAAGAAUGCAGCUUCUUAGAGGCCUGCCUUCUAGCCUGAGAUACUUCACAACCUGAAAGGAGUAUGGCUCUUGGGGUAGCCAAAGAACCUUCUAGAUGUAUCCUGUAUAGCCUGAAACCCUUGACUCCUGUACCAACACCAAGUCUUCCUCUGUAAUAUAGAUUCAGGGUGUGUAUGUAUGUGCUCUUCUCACUGUCUGGUAGUAACAUCUUGAAACUGGUCAGAACUGGAAUGUCAAUAGCUCAGUCACUCAGAGUAUACAUGAUUCUGCACUUGGGAAAAGUA